AUGUCUCUCCCUACCUACCAAGAAGCUGUUACAAAACCUCAUCUCAUUGACCUUGUUGCUCCAUAUCUUGAGGCCAACGACUUGGCAUUGGCAAGCCGUGUUUGCAAGCAAUGGGACAAGGCAUGCUGCGGCCUCCUAUGGGGAGAACCACUCAAGGUCUUGGCCAAGAAGGAGAAUCCAUACGGCUGUACUCUACGCUUCUUCAAAUUUGUCGAUACGGCGCGUCAGAAGCGUCGAUCCUUGAUUCACACCCUAGAUUUCCGGCCUUUAGUUUCUAUCAAGUCAGCUAAGAAUCGCCAGGACUUGGCUCUACAUGAAGAGGUUCUGAAUGCCUUCUUUAUACUGGACUGUUGCCGCGAGCUACGAUACGUUCGAUUCCUCAUUAUGGAUGGCAUUGACAAUUGGGAACUGGACGGGUCGAUUGCGGAUGGUAUAGCAACCGAUACGCCUAAUACGCUGGAUUCUCCCCUCGCGCAGCCAUCCUCGAGUGCUACAUCCUCUUCAGCACCCUUCUCUUUCAGACCUGUUCGCAGUCUGGGACUAUCCAAUGCCGAGGCCCCCUCGCAACUGGAAGAUUGUGACCCGUUCGCUAAAGGAAUGGAGCGCCAAAGUUGCUCCUUGUUGCUGAAUCUGUUCUCCCUGCAUGGAUGCUCCAAAGUAGACGGAAUGAGGGUUUUAUGUCUUCCAUCUAUUCUCUGUGAGACCUUGACGUUCCUCGAUAUAUCAUACACGGCGACUAGUGAGAGAUGGCUUCAAUUAUUUGCCGGACUCAGGCUACCCAAUAUCCGCGUCCUCAAGCUUCGGGGAUUACGCCUCACAAGUCAAUCUCUUCCAAAAUGUAUAUUCGAAACUGCUUUCAAAUUAUGGAGCUUGGACCUUAGGGAUAAUCUCCUCACGGAUGAAGUCAUUAACCCCAUACUUCAUCAUUGCUUUCUUCCAUCAAUCCCCGAGCAGCUCGACGACGAUGGACUCUACCACCUUCCACCUACCUAUGAACGCGAGCCUGUCGACCAUUCCCUACGUCCGUUUGAUGGAAUUGUCCCUCUUCGCCCCGACACCAAAGACGCCUUUCUGAACCAUAUACACCGGAACGUACCAUCAGCCAUGGAUGAGAGCGACCUUGUAUUGCAACCCACAGGCCUCACCCACCUCUACCUCUCCAAUAACAGGUUCACAUCCGAAGGGCCGGAAUAUCUUCUGUACAAUACCAACCGCCUUCAAGUCUUCGACAUUGGCAGCGUCCGCGAGGAGCCAUAUGCCAGCAUCAAAAUCCGGCACGUCCACAGCUGGGCACAGGCAGCUGGGUUCGGGUCGUCUUUCCACCGCCGCAGGAACUCACAAAUCGCAUCGUUACGCGUCCACCACUCGAUUGUAACAUUCGUGCCCACCAUUUCCUCCCCCGCGGCCGGCUCCCCGCCGGCCACAUUUUCCCUUCGGCACCUCGAAGAAGCCGAAGUAUACGGCAGGCUAGCGAGCCAGAAAGCCAGCGCGGCAGCACUGUAUCCCUCCUUCAACUGCGGCAUAGAGACGCUCACGCUAACUGGCAUACCGACCAAGAGCUACGGCUUUACCAUCCAGCAACUCGUCAAGCUGCUGGAUGAUUGCUAUGCCCAGGAGGUCGAUCUCGCCCGUGCCCGCCCAAGGACGAGCCAUCGCCGUACGCCACAAGUUCUACCCGGUCUACGAACUUUGAGACUGGAAUUUGUGCCAGCAGAUGUGGAGGUGCGAUUACCGGGCGGGGGUGGCUAUUCGGUGUCCGGCGACCCAGACGCCGACGCCUUUCUUGCGAACGCGCUGGACGAUUUCUCUUUCUUCGAGUCCGACACGAUGUUGGGGACGGCGACUGGGGACUUGGAUGCGUUGAAAGAUGUACCGGAGGAGUUGAGACGGAUGAGGAAGCAGAGUGAAAGGAGGUGGAGUGGGAAGUUGGAGCUUGUUGUACCCGCCACCGCCACCGCUACCGUGAACAAGGAUCUUUGA